AUGGCUGGGUGGCUGCCAGCCGUGAGCUCAGCCUCCGCCAGUUCUCCUGGGGCGGGGAGCAGGUGCCCGCUGUGCCUGGGGCCCCCAGGGGCGGCACUGAAGCGUCAAGUCUCCACCUCGCAGUGGAUCCUCAGGACUCAUCCAGCAGCCCCUGCUUGUGACCCAGGUCCUUCCCGCCCUGGAACAGCCUCAUCCAGGACCAUCUUCACCAGCCAAGUAGCCAUGGGGCCCUGGACUGGCACUUUGGCCAGCCUCCUGGUGGUGCUGACCACCCACUGCUCACAUCUGCAGGCCGUGGACUUCUUCCAGGGUGGUCUGGAUGAAGACAGGGUCAGCCAGUGGGUCAGUGCCAAUGCCUCUGUCCUGCAUGGCUUCUGGUGCCAACCGGCCAGCCACUUGAGCAGGGACCAGCUGUCAGCGCUGGUCCAGAGGAUGGAGACCCAGCAGGUGAACCUGGAAGCCUGGCAGCUCAGCUGCCUGGCCAACCUCGUGGGGCACCAAGGCCUCCAGGAUGACUUUGAGCGACACCCUCCAGAUCUACUGCUGUUUUAUGACCUGACCCAGGUGCCAGGAGAGGACUGCCAGGCUUUCACACGCCAUGCAGGACAAGGGAACACGGAGCUGCUGGCCAACCUGCCGGACCAGAGGGUUGCCCUGCGCCGCAAAGCCCUGGGCUGCCUGGGGGGACCACGGCUCCGUGCCCCAGAUCUGCUGCUGCUCGGGAGUCUGGUGUGCGACAUGGACGCGGCCAGCAUCGCGGCAGCUGACCCUCAUAUUCUACAGAACCUGCAGCGCUGCCCACGACUGACGGUGGCUCAGCAAGAUGCCCUCAACACACUGCUGGCCAGCGGGAGGACCGCGCUUGGGUCCCCGGGCUCCUGGACUGUGGAGGGCCUUCAGGCCCUGGGACCCCUGGCCACUCACAUCAGCCCCCGGCUAUGGAUGCAGGUACCUGAGGCCAUAGGCCUGGACUUCUUCCGCAGCACAGUGGCCUCAUACCGGGAGGGGCAGCUUAGCCCUCGAGACAUCAGAAACAUCAGACAAUUUGUCACCAGCUUCCUUGAGGCCAAGGCUGAGGGGGAGUCACCAAGGCCCAGACGGGGCACAGGGAGAGCCUGUGUCCAUGGGGACAUCACAGCGGCCACCCUUCGGGACGACCUCUUCUUGGUGCGCUAUGACUGCCCACAGCUCGAGUCCUGCCUGGGCAGCCGUGUGCUGCGGGCCAACCUGGAUCCCCUGCUGCAGCAGCCCCUGCCCGCCGAGUGCCAGCGUGUGGUCAAAGCCAAGCUCUGCCAGAUCUAUCCCCGUGGCAUCCCGGAAGACCAGCUAAGGCUCAUCACUUCGUUGGUCUACCUGUACUCUAGCUCUGAGAUUGGCCAGUGGAACAUCACUUCCCGAGACACUGUCCUGGCCCUGCUGGCAGCCAAUGUGGCCCUGGAUAACCAGACAGAGGCUGUGCUGCAGAAGUUUCUGGACCACAAUGGCACGCUCACUGGGCCCCUGCUUGUGGCCAUUGGAGGCACUCGCCUCUGCUGGAUGAGUCCCAGGCAGAUCCAGACAAUCAGGCCCUCUGAGUUCCGGCUGGCUGGAGCCCUGGACAUCUCUGCCUGCCCGCAGAGCCGCAAGAACGUGCUCUAUGCUAAGGCCCGUGAGGCCUUCAGGGGCACCAGGACCCCGGCUGCCUAUUACCGCUUCAUGCGCCCCUAUCUCGGCGGCGCCCCAGUGGAGGAGCUUCAGCAUCUGGCUCAGGCUAAUGUCUCCCUGGACAUCGAUACUUUCACCAACCUCAAUCCCCGAGUGUUGCAGAGCCUAAGUGUGGACAAUGUGACCACGCUGCUGGGCCAGAACGUUGGCGACCUGCAGAAAGCACGCAGCCACCCCACCAUCAGCUCCUGGCUUCGAAGUCUCAACCGCUCAGCCCUGGGCGAGCUGGGCCUUGACACCGAUGUCUCCAGCACCACCCAUCCAGCCUUCGUGACUGGGGGCACCCUGAGUACCAGGCCUCGACCACCCCUCGCGGUCCAGCCCUCAGACCUGCCUGGAAGUGGAGCCGAGGCCUCCAGUUCAGGUGUGCUCCGUGCAGCCCUCGGACAGCCCUGGGGUCCCUGCCACUUGCUCUGGUCCUGCCCUCUGGUCUCCUGUGGCUGA